GUGUUGUUCUCAAAAUAAUCCCUCGUGCCAGCGGCUUCCCACCAUAGACGUGUAUACGCUCUCCAGCAGACAACGAUUGCAAUAAAAAUAUGCAUCAUAAAAUAUACCUUUUAUGACAUUCCUGCAUAUAUUUCUGCAUAGUAAUACAUAAAUGUCGUCGGAUUCUGUAGAAGAGUGGCAGGUAGUAAGACGGGGAAAAGGUGCAUCAAGGAAAUUUCGAUCUCACCAUCAAAUCCCCUCUGUAUGUCUUCAGGAGCAGCUGGAUGUUGAGAAACUCGUCAGACGGAUCAGAGACACAGUGUCUGACCUGAGAGCUGAAGAGAUUUGGCAACAGUGGAAAAAUCAGCUUCUAGUUUCAACAUCCCUAUCAAGACCUUCAGACAGUAUAAAGACUGAAGGCCAGCAGGACAAGGACACCGAGGCGACAGUACGCCAGCAGCUGGAGUGUGUGUGCUAUGGCCUCGGCUCCUUUUCUUCAUGUGUCUCAGCCCGCUACCAGCUUGCCAUGUUGCUGCUGCUACUGGAUGCAGGACAUAUUCCCUUGAAGGAUUGCUCUCUUUAUGAUCCUGCAUUCUCCGUCACAGAAAAGGACAUUUUAAGAGAGCUGGGUUUGACUGUGCUCACAGAAAAUGAGGAGGGGAAGCGUCUGGCCACUAAGCCCACCUUAUUUUAUCUAAUGCACUGUGGAAAAGCUCUUUACAACAACCUGCUGUGGCAGAACUGGAACCCACACUGUUUGUCUCUGGUUACGAUCAUUGGAAACUGCUUCAGCGGCAUCAGAGAGAGGACUUUCGAGAGGGAAUUGAAGCGGGAUUACAGCUACAUCAACAAAGCUGUGGAUUUGUGUGAAGAGAGACUUCUGCCUUGUCCUUCCCGUCUGAUAGACGUCUUCAGUGAUACAGCAAUUAUCACUUUUUCUUCAGACCGACUAAACAAACUCCCCUCAUCUACUUGGACUGACUCACCUGAACCACAAUACCAACAUUGCUCAGAUUUAGAAAUUAUACUGAAACAAACAUCUGUCUUAGACUCGCGAGAGACAAGUCUUAGCUAACAACGGGUGUUUUUUCAAGCCUAACAUUUAUACACCUUUUUUAAAAUAAAUGCUCAAUUUGACAGAUCAGCAUUAUUGUAAGUUUAUUUUGAGCCUUUUCGGGAGAAGAAAAGAAAAUAUUUAGUUCAGGUUUGGUUUCAUUUAGCAAUAAUUACUUUCAUUGGGUUAGUUUAUGCCUGUUAUUUUUAGUGUUUUAUUUCUGUUUAUUGUUAACUACUUUCAUAUAUUUGAAUGUUUCUUUUGGUUGAACUGCAGUAGCAUUACCAAAAAGAUUAUUUCCGUUCUGUGAAGUUCUGACGACCAACAUUUUCUGCAAAAGCUAACUUGAGAGGAACCAGGGUCUAAAUAUCAGAUAUGUAGGAUGCAGAUUUUGACAAAUAUUGGCAUCGCUGCUAAGUACAUCUAGAACUAGUGCGUCUAAUUAAACUAGUUAAAAAGGGUAAUUGCUAAAUACUGAAGACCAUUUUGAGGUAUUACGUUUUCAGCCUUUUUCUAAUUGUUGCAGUACCACUUACCACUUACCAUGCUUACCAAGAGAGCAUCUGAGAGUUGGCACCAAGCUUUUUUACAGAUUCCUUGAGGACCGCUCACACCCACCUGGAAGUGAAUUUACUUGGGUAACUUCCAAUAAAAGUUGGUAACCAUCUUAAAGAUUUUCUACUUGCUGCUAAUAUUUUUUCACUACAGAAUGAUGGAUAUUGUCUCAUAAUUUUUCCCAGAUUCAUGGGCAGCAGCGAUUCAUGUUGAUGUCUUUCCUUGUUAACAUCAUGCUAACAGACACCUGUGGUGUUUGAUAUGACUGUGUUUAUUGUUCAUAAUCAUUUCAUAGAGUUCCAUUAAAAAAAACACUUGACAUAUUC